AUGGUCCUGAGUCUUUUGUCAUCUCAGUCCUCCUCAUGUGACGUGCUGGACUCUCCUCAUAGCUCCAGAACUGGUUCCAGUUUUACACCUGCCAUCCUUUCAGUGUCAUCUGCAACAUCCCCAUUGGCCUUUCUGUUUGCUCUACUGGUGGCCCUGCUGAUUCUCAGGCUCAGAUCAACCUGCUCCCUGGGCUGUGACCUGCCACAGACCUAUGGUAUGGGAAAUAGGAGGGCCAUGAUACUCCUGGGACAAAUGAGGAGAAUCUCUCCUUUCUCUUGCAUGAAGGACAGAAACAACUUUGGAUUCCCCCAGGAAGAAUUCAAUGGCAACCAGGCCCAGAAAGCUCAAGCCAGCUCAGUCCUCCAUGAGAUGACCCAGCAGAUCUACAACCUCUUCAGCACAAAGGCCUCCUCUGCUGCUUGGGAGAAGACCCUUCUGCACAAAUUGUGCACUGGCCUCUCUCAGCAGCUGAAAGAACUGGAAGCCUGUCUGACACAGGAGGUGGGGGAGGAAAGGCCUCUCCUGAUGCGUGGGGACUCCACACUGGCUGUGAGGAAUUACUUCCACAGGAUCACUCUGUACUUGAGAGAGAAGAAAUACAGCCCCUGUUCUUGGGAGGUGGUCAGAGGAGAAAUCAUGAGAUCUUUCUCUUUAUCAGCAAACUUACAGAAAAGAUUAAGAAAUGAAGAAUGA